ACGGCACAGAAGAAUGAUACACGAGAAACACGAGCCAAGCGCGACAUGUUGAUGAGCGAAACGAUUAUGGAGUAUAUGUUCGGACUGAAGUCGUCUUAUUUCUCAAACAGCGUUGUUUUUGAGUACGUGAGCAUCAUUGAAAAACCAAACCUUCACUGGAGCGACUGCCAAGCGACAGGCUGAGCAAACUCACAAAGAUUGAGUGUGAUCAUGGCACCAUUCACCAUUUCUCAACAUCAUCCACUGCUGUAUGAUUGCGGUUUACCUCAGAAAGGUCUGUCGAUGCAGUCCAAGAUGAGUCCUGAGCUCUCGUCCGGUUCACCUGGAGAUCCUCGUGGCAGGACGUCCAUCGUGAAGAUCAGGGUCUGUAUGUGGCAGCUCGUCCAGAGAGUCGUGGACUUCUGCACCGGUGUGACCCAGCUCCUCCGCUCCAAGAUGAAGUUUUUCUUCAUUUGUGUGGGGAAAACCAUGACCAUGAGCGAGAUGAAGAAGAGCGGCGCCGAGGUCUUCGAGAGGCCUGGAGGCGAGAUCAGCGAAGGAGCUUCGGAAAGGAAGGAUCCGGAGAUGAAAGUCAUUCUGGAGUCUGCUGAUGAUGAACGGGAAUUGUCAUCGAUUGACUCGAAUGAAGAGGAAGAUGAUGAUGAAGCCAGGCUCUCUGAAUGGGAGUCUGAUGAAGAAACCGAGGAGGAGGACUCUGAAUGGUCAGAUGAAGACGAUGAGGAUGAUGAUGAAGGAGACUCAGCAGAGAGUCGUGAGCUUUGGGAAUCGUUUCUCAACAGCGGUGACCCCUACAACCCUCUGAGCUUCUGCUCGUCCAUCAGCUCCAGAACAAACACCAAGCAAAAGCAGCAAACUCUCGCUCCAGCAGCGACAAGAUCAGAGGAGAGCACGCCAAAUCCACAGACAAACUCAAAGGAGGGCCGGAAGAAGGUGUGUUUCAGUGAUCAGGUGACGGUGCGCCCCCUGCUGGUGUGGAGUUUCGCGAGCAGGGCUGCGAGGGAUGGCUCUUGUUGGAUGCAGAUGGCCAGAGACCGAGAGCGUUUCAGAAGAAGAGCAGAGAGCAUCGAGACGCUCCUAAAGCCCUGCCUCACAGCUGAACACAGAGCCGCUGUCUGGGAGAGACUUCAGAGAAAAACAUCCCCAUAAUGCAUCAUCCUCCAGCUUAAUGUGUUAUCAUCAUAGCAUUUCAUCUAGAUGUUUGUCUAGUUUUUGGUGCUUUUAUUUUUGAAAACAAGUUUGUUUAUUUUUUUUUUUUACUGUGUAAUUUCUAUUGUUACAUUAACGUGGUGCACUUUAUUUUUAUGUCUUUGUCUUACUGGGAUUUAAUUGUGUAUUUUGCACAUGUAUUAUUUUGUUUUACUGCAACACACUGUAAUUCUAAAACAUUGCAUAUUUUAUGGCAUCUGAAAAAUAUUAAACCUUUCUGAAAUGU